ACAGGUUACAACACCAUCCCUCCAGGACCGGAAAAUUUCAUAACAUCUGCCUCUCUACACAGGCGCUGAAGGUCGCCGGAAGCGGAAGUGACGUACAUAGAGGAACGUACCUAUUGGAGUACCAAGGCGCCAUUUUAACUUCGGGCGAAAACAUAAGCAGAAUGGCGAAAGGCAAGAAUAUAUUGGGGAAGAAGAAGAAGCUGUCAGUGGAUGCAUCUGAAGCCCCUGUGUUAAAAAAGAAGACGCUGGCUGUGGAUGCUUCUGACGCCCCUGUGUUAAAAAAGAAGCUGGCUGUGGAUGCUUCUGGCGCCCCUGUGUUAAAAAAGAAGAAACUGGCUGUGGAUGCUUCUGACACCCCUGUGUUAAAAAAGAAGAAGCAGAUGACCAAGGUCUCUAAAGAAUCUAAAAAACCUCAGGUAGAAUCUGAAGACCCUUUAGAUAUUGAGGACUUAACCCCCGUGGAACGCAGGGUCUUUGAAAGGAAGUUGAAGAAAGAACGGAAGAAGGAGGAAAAGAAGCUCAAAAAAGAGGGACUCGCUGAGGAAACGAAGAAGGAACCAGAAAAACCUUCUGCGGGCGACCUGGCUCUGCAGUACUUAAAUUGUUGGUCCCAAAAACGGUCAGAAUGGAAGUUUCAAAAGUCAAGGCAAACCUGGCUCCUCUUGAACAUGUAUGACCCAGAGAAGAUCUCUGACAAAUACUUCAAGAAUCUCUUGGCUUACAUGGUGGAUCUGAAGGGCAGCGCUCGUGAGAUCACCGUGAAGAAAGCAGAGGAGUACAUGAAGGAGUACGACAAGCGUGAGGCUCAGGAGGAGUCCGAUGAACCAAGGAUAGAGAGAAUCCGAGAAGUAUUACAGCUUUUGUGUUAGAGGCGGUGUCAUUUAUAUUCUGCCAACAUUGUAAUACUUCACUCAUUUCUACAUACUUGUACUUUUUCACUUAAAGAGGAAAUAAAUGUUUUCAAAUCAACUGGUGCCUGAAAGUUAAACAGAUUUGUAAAUUACUUCUAUUUAAAAAAAUCUUAAUCCUUCCAGUACUUAUCAGCUGCUGUAUAAAACAGAGAAAUUUGUGCAGUUCUUUCCAGUCUGACCACAGUGCUCUCUGCUGACACCUCUGUCCAUGUCAGGAACUGUCCAGAUUAGAAUCAUAUCUCCAUAGAAAACCUCUCCUGCUCUGGACAGUUCCUGAUACGGACAGUGGUGUCAGCAGAGAGCACUGUGGUCAGACAGAGAAGAACUUCACAAAUUUCUCUGUAGUAUCUGUUUUAAAGUAUCUGUAGUAUACAGCAGCUGAUAAGUACUAGAAGGUUUAAGAUUUUUAAAUAGAAGUCAUUUGCAAAUCUGUUUAACUUUCUUGCACCAGUUGCUUUGAAAAAAAAUUCCCAUCGACGUUCCCCUUUAAUGCCGAUGCUGCAUAAUGACCGAUCAUAACAUCAGUGCCUGUGUGUGAUUUCUUGCUGACUCCAAAUCUGGUACCAGAAUAUACCUCUGGAUUAACAACCCUUCUCCAUACUCUAGUGCAGUAUUUCCCAACCAGGGUGCUACACUCCUUAGUGACAUCACGCCACACCCCCUCCAUUCAUGUCUAUGGGAGGCCGUCACGCCCCCUCCCAUAGACAUGAAUGGAGGGGCGUGGCCGUCACGUCCCCUUCUCGGAGGCAGCUCCCGGCACAGAAUGCCAGGGGCCGCACCGAGAUCGUUGGGGUCCUCAGCGGCGGGGCCCAUGCGACCAUACAUCUGAUCACUUAUCCUUUGGAUAGGGGUAAGAUAUAUAAACUAGGGAUCGACCGAUUAUCGGUUUGGCCGAUAUUCACGAUUUUCUAAGUUAUCGGCAAUUACCUUGCUGAUAAUGCGGGCGCUUUAAAUGAAUGAACUGCAGCAGCUUUUGCGGGGCCAGAGACCGCCGUUGCCCACUUCUCUCCCCCUGCCUGUCCUGAGUCCAACCACCGCCGCUACCCGAUUGCUGUGGGCUGCGCAAUGAUGAGUGACAUCCUCAACACGACGUCACCGUCAGUGGCCUGGUGCACAGUGACAGCUCAGGACCCCACCGGAGCCAGAAGUGGCGCGGACCCCGGGAACAGGUAAUUAUAAAACCGGGGAGGCAAUGGGGCAGUGGCAGUGGUUGGACUCAGGACAGGCAGGAGAGAGAAGCGGGCGGCGGCGGUGAUUGGACUCAGGACCCCAGGACAGGCAGGGGGAGAGAAGCGGGUGGCGGCGGCGGCGGUCUCUGGCCCCGCAAAAGGCGCUGCAGUUCAUUGAUUUAAAGCGCCCGCUUUAAAUAAUUGAUCUGCAGCAGCCUCUGCGGGACCAGAAACAGUUUAUUUUACCAAGGAUA